AUGUUUCCUUAUCAGGUUAUGGAUGAGCCGCUAUAUGUGAUCCAUACCAUUGAUUCGAUUGUGUCAUUGUCUGGGCAGUCAUUGCUCAUUCAAUGUAAAGCACACCUGCGAGCUGGACAACCAUACUACUCAUCUGUGCAGCAGCCACCGAAGAAUCAGCUUGAAGAUGACGACCUUCUAUUCGAACCUGAAGCCCUUUAUAACCGUUUCCCUGAAGAAAAAGGCCCGUUAUAUGACCUCAUGGACAACAGCCAAGCGUGCUUUAUUCUACUCUACCUCAAGAACUUUCUAAUGAAGCUUUAUGGGUUUACGGAAGCUAAAGUUCAAGAAUACUCUCCAUCGGAAGCGGCUAAAGUUUACGAGAAGGCGUUGUCAUCAAGGAAAAACGUGCCAAUGUUCAAUCCACUUGCGGCUCUUGAUGGAGGACGUCGACGUGACGGCCAUACUGAUCCAGUAGCAAAUGAUCGACAAAGCAUUCAGAGUCACUUCAAUUUGGCGACCAAGAUCUGUAAC